CAAGGAGAGUCAAAUAACCCGGAAGUGAAUGCUUUCGCGGAUAUUUUUACAAACAGUCUAGCUUGGGUCGUUAUUAGUAGGCUUUAAGUGGAUUUUAACAAAUAUUUUGGGCAAAAUUUCUAGAAAAUGGCUAAACUACAGCUUUUGAAUGCUUACCUCACCGAGCGGUUAAUGGUGGCUGUAGAUGAGAUACUGGAGGUGGUCGGGGGGACAGUGUCAGAAUUCGAGGAGGAGACUGCCCGGACGAAGAGAGAGAAUGAAGUCCUAAAACGAAGGUUACGAGAAGUUGGACUCGACACGGGAACGGAAUGUUCAGCAGUCUCGACCAGGCCUGUUUCUCUCUCUGUGUCUGGGCAGCACCAGUGGAGUUCCGACCAGGGUCCAGACCUUGAGUCUACACAGACCCAGAACCACAUGGUAAUGAGCCAGGAUGAGAUGCCUGCCACACAUAGCCAGCUACCCACAGACUGCACCGAGUGGAAGAGUCUGUGUAACUCUCCACGUACCAUGUCCUCACAACAGACCGAUACAUCGGCUACCACCCCAGUAGUAGCUCCAUUGACUUCAGCGUCCGUGAAAAGGGACUUGGACGAAGAAGACGACCAGCUUCUACUUCCCUCUGCAAAUCCCUUCAGCAGCACAUCAUGCCCCGUGGACAGAGUGGUUUUACACUAUAACUCUGAGAGCAUCAAAACAGAGCCUAGUGAUACUAGCCCUACUGACUUGGGGUCAGUAUCUGCUCAGAUGGGGUGUGGUGAACUAAACCCCAGUUCGGACCCUGGACCAGCCACUGUUGAAACCAGGUACAUUGUUUCAGACCUGAGCGCUGACCUGGAAUCAGUGGUUGCAGACAGCAGCAGGUAUGGUGCCUCCACUGCCUCGGGCGUCCCAACUGACCUGGUAUCAGCUAGUGCGGCCAUGAUCCCAGACGGCUUUUUCCGUCAGAUUGGCAGCGAUGGUUGUGUAACAACAGGGCCAGAACUAGACUUCGGGGACACCACCACCACCAGUACUGUAGGUCCCUUGACCUCCCUGUUCUAUCCGGGUCAAACCAGACGUCAACAACAAACAAAUAGAUCAACAAAUAGGGGUCAUCAACAAGUAAACAGGUCCACAAACAACAGGGGUCAACAACAAACAAACAACAGGGGGGAUCAGAAGUCCCACCCGUGCCCUCAGUGCGGUAAGAUAUUCAGUCACGUGUCACGCCUCAAGAUCCACCUCCGCAUUCACACAGGGGAGAAGCCGUACGUUUGUGCACUGUGUGGCAAGCGAUUCAACAACGAUGGCACACUGAGGAACCACCGGCGCGUUCACACAGAGCUGCGGUUGUACGGCUGCCCUGUCUGCGGCAUGAGCUUCAAGGACGCCUACACGUGUAGGAAGCACCAGCGCGUACAUAAUGGAAUGCGGCCUGCCGGUGGCGGGGCCCACACCUGCAGCUUGUGUGGCAAGGCUUUCAGUGAGGCAGCUAAGCUGACCAAACACAUCAGGACUCAUGUCUCAGACAUUGGAUGAGGGCAGUACAACCUAUAAAGACUUUUUAUAGCAUACACAAAGGCUUUAUAAGCACUAUAUAAAUGCUUCACAAAUAAUCUAUAAGUGUAAGUGUAUGUCAUACAUGGUGUAUAAAGGGUGACAUAACAAUUCCCACUGUAGAGUUUAUUGCUAAAUGUAAGUUAAUACACUAUUUAUAGAUUAUGACCUAUGCUUAUGAUUUGUAAAGCAUUUAAAUAGUGCUAUAUAAAGCCUUUCUUUAUAAGUUUUUCUUUGCAACGGAGCUCCCGAGUGGCGCAUCCUMCUAAGGCACUUCACCCAAAGUGCAGCGGGGCGUCACUACAGCCUGACGUGACCCGGGAGUUCCAAGGGCAGUGCACAAUUGGCCUAGCACUGUCCGGGUUAGGGGAGGGUAGGGUUGGCAGGGGAUUCCUUGUCUUAACUUGCUCUAGCGUCUUCGCGUGGCGGACUGGGCGCCUGCAAGCUGACUAGGGUCGUCAAUUGAACUGUGUCACCUCCAACACAUUGGUCCGGCUGACUUCCGGGUGUUUAUAAGAAGCAGCGUGUUUGUCCGAUCCUCACCUCUCCUGAGCCCGUUGGGGAGUUGCCAUAAUGGAACACAAUUGGAUACCACAAAAUUCUUUCAUUUCUAAAUGG